CCUAUCUGUCACUAAAGUCUCGGACAGAAUGCAGUGGUGAUGCAGGAGGUCACGUGACUGAUUGGAUAUAAUAUGGCGGACGACAAGGUGGUGUUACCGGGAUAAUAUCUGCUAUAAACGACAAGUUGCUGUAAUAUUGAUGUAAUGUUGAAUAUCUUUUGAUAAUGCAACAAGGAACACGGCCACAAGAUAUGUUUUUAACACGUGCGCUCGAGAAAAUCUUGAGCGACAAAGAAAUUAAGAAGGCUCAUCACUCUCAACUGAAGCGAGCUUGUGAGGUGGCACUCGAGGAACUGAAGAGAGACAGUGCUGUCCGCAAAGAUGACAAGCUGUCCUCUGCCCUCCCGAUGCCUAUACAGGCUGGCUUUGUGGAGGCAGAUAAAUACUUUAUGCCCUUUGAGUUGGCAUGUCAGUCAAAAAGUUCUCGCAUCGUAAAUACAGCACUCGACUGUCUCCAGAAGCUUAUAGCGUAUGGCCACUUAACAGGAAACACCCCUGACAGUACAACCCCGGGAAAGCGCCUUAUCGACAGAAUUGUUGAAACAAUAUGUGGCUGUUUCCAUGGACCCCAAACAGAUGACGGAGUUCAGCUUCAAAUCAUUAAGGCUCUGUUGACGGUGGUGACAUCCAACACAUGUGAGAUACAUGAGGGGACGGUACUUCAGACUGUGCGAACCUGUUACAACAUUUACCUGGCCAGUAAAAACCUCAUUAACCAGACGACAGCCAAGGCCACACUUACACAGAUGCUCAACGUUAUCUUCAUGCGAAUGGAGAAUCAGGCCCUUCAGGAGAUGAAACAGAGAGAAAGGUCUGCCAGUAAACUGUCUACAAGGAAGGAUGAAGAUAGAGAAUCGCCAAAAUCUGAAACACAGCCAGAGAAUGAUGCAGGUGUAAGCGAUUUGGAGACAGCUAGAGAACAGGUGAAUGGCCCUGACUCAGGAGAGGAGAAGAAAGAUGAUGAAGAACUGACAACAGAGCAGGUCGUCACCAAUGUAUUGGAUAACAUCCUGGACAAGGUCACUCAAGUCCAAGGUUCAUCCUCUCCAGAAAUUGAAGAGCCAAACCCUGAUGCCCCAGCAUCACAAGGGAGUGCUAAUGAUUCAGUUUCCUCCCAGAAUGCAACAGAACCUUCCCAGAAUGCAACAGAGACUGCUCCUUCAUUGUCGGGGAGUAGCAAAUCGGGCAGUUCUUUUGGUCUGAACAAGCUGGACGGUGAUGAUGGAGAUGUCCUCGAAGGCCAGGAGGGCCAGGAGAUGGCUCAGGGAGUAUUCUCUCACAUUCUACAGAAGGACGCCUUUCUCGUGUUUAGGAGCCUGUGUAAACUCAGCAUGAAGCCGCUCGCUGAUGGUCCCCCAGACCCAAAAUCCCAUGAGCUACGAUCUAAGAUCCUGUCGUUGCGCCUCCUGUUGUCCAUCCUUCAGAACGCUGGACCGGUGUUCCAGACUAACGAGAUGUUUAUCAAUGCCAUUAAACAGUACUUGUGUGUGGCACUGUCUAAGAAUGGGGUCAGCUCUGUACCGGAGGUUUUUGAGCUCUCCUUGGCUAUAUUUCUAGCACUCCUGUCCAACUUCAAACAAUACCUGAAAAUGCAGAUAGAGGUUUUCUUUAAGGAAAUCUUCCUGUCAAUCCUAGAGACCAACAGCAGUUCCUUUGAUCACAAAUGGAUGGUAAUACAAGCACUCACCAGGAUAUGUGCAGAUGCCCAGUGUGUUGUGGAUAUCUAUCUCAACUAUGAUUGUGACUUGACACUAGCCAAUAUUUUUGAACGCCUAGUUAAUGAUUUAUCAAAGAUUGCUCAAGGCAGACAUGCUCUGGCUUUAGGUGCCACUCCAAACCAGGAGAAGAGUAUUCGUAUCAAGGGUCUAGAAUGUCUUGUGUCGAUACUGAAGUGUAUGGUGGAGUGGAGUAAAGAUUUGUAUAUCAACCCUCACUCUCAGUCCAAUCUAGGUCAAGAAAGCAAGCCUUUUAAUGAUACAGACAAUGAUUCUGGAAACAGCACAAUGAAAAGUUAUGGUAGUAUUAAUUCCAUCAACUCGACGAGCAGCUCACAGGCACCUAGUCUGUCCCUCGACAACCCAGAAGAGUUUGAGAGCAUCAAACAACAGAAAGAGAUCAUGGAGGCAGGCAUAGAAAUGUUCAACAAGAAGCCUUACAAAGGUUUACAUUACCUACAAGAGCAGGGCAUGCUGGGCACGGCUCCUGAUGAUCUCGCAGAAUUCUUCCACUCCGAUGAACGUCUUGAUAAGACUGUUCUUGGUGAUUUCUUAGGUGAAAAUGAAAAACUCAACAAAGAAGUGAUGUAUGCAUUCAUUGAUCAGAUGGAUUUGACGGAGAUGGAUUUUGUACCUGCUCUUCGACGGUUCCUGGAGGGAUUUCGGCUACCAGGCGAAGCUCAGAAAAUAGACAGGCUUAUGGAAAAAUUUGCGUCUCGGUUUUAUGAGUGCAACACAAAUACGGAGAUCUUCGCCACUGCUGAUGCUGCCUACGUGUUAGCCUAUUCUGUGAUAAUGUUGACCACAGAUCUCCACAGUUCCCAGGUUAAAGUUAAGAUGAAGAAAGAACAGUACAUCAAGAUGAACCGGGGGAUCAACGACAGUAAGGACCUCCCAGAGGAGUAUCUCUCCGCCAUCUACGACGAGAUCGCCGGCAACGAGAUCAAAAUGAAGGUGUCGGGCUCGACCAAAGCCCCAUCUUCAGUUGCUAAGGACAUUACGAGUGACAAGCAGCGUCGCCUGUUGUAUAACCUGGAGAUGGAACAGAUGGCCCACACAGCCAAGGCUCUCAUGGAGAGUGUGAGUCACGUGUCGUCAAACUUCACCAGUGCCACACACCUGGAGCAUGUGCGACCUAUGUUCAAGAUGGCGUGGACACCGUACUUAGCAGCUUUCAGUGUCGGACUUCAGGACUGUGAUGACACCACUAUAGCCAGUCUCUGUCUGGACGGUCUACGAUGUGCAAUUCGUAUAGCUUGUAUAUUUCAUAUGGAGAUUGAGAGAGACGCCUAUGUACAGGCCCUAGCCAGGUUUACACUCCUGACCGCAGCAUCGCCACUGACGGAAAUGAAGACCAAGAACAUAGACACAAUUAAAACCCUCAUAUCUGUUGCUCACACUGAUGGAAACUACCUGGGCAGGUCCUGGCUUGAGAUUCUGCGAUGUAUAUCACAACUAGAACUAGCACAACUAAUUGGCACAGGGGUCAAACCGAGGUCAGCACACCACCAUCAUAGCCGUGGUAACGUAGACAGUGCAGGACACCCGAUUGAAGCAUUCGACCCAGAAGUGAUAGCGCGGGGAGGCCUGGAUUCUAAGAGACUAGCAAACCUCCAGGAACAGAUGGGCGAGACAAGUUCGCAGAGCGUGGUGGUCGCUGUCGACCGCAUCUUUACAGGAUCUGUCAGGUUGGACGGGGACGCUGUUGUGGCGUUCACACAUGCCCUUUGUCAUGUAUCACUAGACGAGCUAGCCAAUGUCAACCACCCACGCAUGUUCAGUCUGACCAAGAUCGUGGAGAUCUCCUACUAUAACAUGGGGCGUAUCAGGCUGCAGUGGUCUCGGAUCUGGCAGGUCCUUGGUGACCACUUCAAUAAGGUGGGCUGUAACCCUAAUGAAGACCUAGUGUUUUUCGCAGUCGAUUCCCUUCGCCAGCUGUCUAUGAAGUUUAUAGAGAAGGGAGAGUUUGCCAACUUUAGAUUCCAGAAAGACUUCCUCAGGCCUUUCGAACAUAUCAUGAAAAGAAACAGAUCUCCCACGAUACGAGAUAUGGUUGUGAGGUGUGUCGCCCAGAUGGUGAAUUCCCAGGCGGGAAACAUUCGCUCAGGCUGGAAAAACAUCUUCAGUGUCUUUCACCUUGCGGCCUCUGACCAUGACGAGGGCAUUGUAGAGUUGGCAUUCCAAACUACUGGCAAAAUUAUCUCUAGUAUAUUUGAAAAACACUUUGCGGCUGUGAUAGACUCAUUCCAAGAUGCUGUGAAAUGUCUGUCGGAGUUUGCGUGUAACGCGGCAUUCCCAGACACUAGCAUGGAGGCAAUCCGACUCAUCAGGAACUGUGCCAAAUAUGUUGCAGAAAAACCACAUAUGUUCCGUGAUCAUGCUGGUGAUGAAAUCAAUGUUCCUGAAGAGGACCGGGUUUGGGUGAAGGGUUGGUUCCCUGUCCUGUUCGAGCUCUCCUGUGUUAUUAACCGUUGUAAAUUGGAUGUCCGGACCAGAGGUCUGACAGUGAUGUUUGAGAUAAUGAAGACGUAUGGCGAGACAUUCCAACAACAUUGGUGGAAAGACCUUUUCCAAGUUGUUUUCCGGAUCUUUGACAAUAUGAAACUGCCAGAGCAGCAGAAUGAGGGUACCCAGGUAAUGAAGGCGGAGUGGAUGACGACAACAUGUAACCAUGCACUGUAUGCUAUCGUUGACGUGUUCACCCAGUACUAUGACGUCCUACAUGACGUUCUACUGCUGGAAUUGUACCACCAGCUCCAGUGGUGUGUACGCCAGGACAAUGAGCAGCUUGCCCGCUCUGGGACCAACUGUCUGGAGAAUCUGGUCAUCUCAAAUGGCGAAAAGUUCUCCUCAGAUAUCUGGCAUAGUACUUGUACCUGUAUGCUGGACAUCUUCAGGAGCACUAUACCGCUCAGUUUGUUGACAUGGCGACCAGAGACGCCGGACACUCCCGAUUCACCUUCCUCACUGGUGAAACAGAACACAAUUCCUGAACAUGACGUGGGGUACAUGGGCGAAGAUGGACAGGACAACAUCUCUAUGGAGGGUAGCCAUGACAACAGGUCACUGAAGCAUGCCGACAGUAACCAUAGUGUGAACAGCUCAAUAUCACUAGAGUCCAGGGAACACAAGAUCCCACGUUCUAAGGUGGGCACAGACCAGAAGUUGUUCCAGGGAUUACUCAUCAAAUGUGUCGUCCAACUUGAACUGAUUCAGACCAUAGACAAUAUUGUUUUCUUUCCAACCACCAGCAAGAAGGAGGAUGCUGAGAAUUUAGUCGCUGCUCAGGGGGGCGUGACUGUGGGCGGGGCCCCAGUACAAGAGGAGGACCAGGGGAUGUACCAGUACCUCAAAUCAGACCAGCUCUUCCUCCUCGCUGACUGUCUCAAAGAGUCACACAGCUUCGCAAAGGACUUCAAUUCCAACCAUGAGCAGCGUAAUAUUCUGUGGAAGGCGGGCUUUCGUGGCAAGGCAAAGCCCCAUCUCCUCAAACAGGAAACUCAGAGUCUCGCAUGUCUGUUCCGUAUUCUGUUCCGCAUGUAUGAUGACGAUGCUCGUCAGGAUGCGUGGGAUGAUAUUGAGACACGACUCAUUCAGACGUGCCAAGAGGCGCUGGACUACUUCCUGGCACUACAGUCAGAUAGCCACCGCGAGGCCUGGAGCAGUCUGCUCAUCCUCAUCCUCACCCGCCUCCUCAAGAUGUCAGACAAAAGGUUCAAGGUCCAUGCCAAAUCUUACUACCCGUCCAUCUGUGAAGUGCUAAUGUUCGAUCUGAAGCUAGAAAUGAGAUCCAUCUUACGUAAAUUCCUUCAGCGUAUGGGUCCUGUGUUCAACAUAACAUCCAGUUAGUGAUGAGCAGCUUACUCCAACUUCAAUGAACACACUGCAGAGCCUCCUCCAGCUGGAGUAGUCCUGUAUGGAAUAUCUCUGGAAACAACAAUGUAUUGGUGUUCUGACCUAGAGUUGUAAUUAAAUUUAGUUAAUGAAGUUGCAACUCGAGAACGAUUUUGUUGUUUAGAAAUACAGGAAAUAUAUGAAGCCAGAAGUAGAAGAAUCUGAAGUAAGCCAUGAAAUGGUUAGCGGAUUCCUGGGGUGUCAUGUUUUAAAACAUGAUGUGUACCAGUAUAUAUUUAUUUGAUGUGAAGUUUUAAGGAGAGUAUUGUGAAUAUCAUCUCUUCUGAACAUAUAUUACUAGGGGCCUAUUCCGUUUGAAUCAACAGAUUAACUUAAACCAUAGCUGAUUGAUUCAGGAAUAGGGACAGAUCAGAUGGUCUCAUAAACAUUUAAAGAACAAUUUGACAAACAGUUUGCAGUGGUUUUUGUUGAUCUGAAUGGAUUUUCUUCCACAAUGGUUUUUGACUGCAUCUGACUAGUUUUAGCCACACAAUGCAGUUCUGAUAAUAGGUAUACAAACUGUACAACAACACAGUAAAUGAACUAGUGCAGUACCAAAGCACAGGCAUGCACAUGUUUACCUACUGGGGAUAAUCAAGAAUGCGGUGUUAAAACCUGCUCCUGAUAUAGUGGUGAAAUGUGGACCUUAUCAGUGAUGCAAUGUGAGAAAUUUUCAGGUGGGAGAUUAAAAACUAGCCGUCAAAAUUGUAUGAUGCAUAAGAUACUCAUUUGAUACAUUAUUCCAAAACCUAUUACAAUCUUGGAACUGCAAAUAUUUGUCUUGGAAUUCUGCAUAAAAUGAGGUUCCUUACAGUUCAGGUGGCUAUCUAUUUUGAAUAUGAAAGUGUGACACUAUAGAGAUGGCAGGUGUAUGUUGUAUAUACAUGUACAUAUGAUGUGCAUUUUUGUGUUUUAUGUAAGAAUCUGAGAAAACAUCUGUGACUUAUGGAGGGUAUUUAACAGCAUGCAUGAGAGUUUGAAAGUUGUUUGAUGUUCUAUUAUCUCCAAUAACCAUUUGGUUUGAUAUUUGUACAUGUAGUAUGUGUUUUUAUUCAUAUAACCGAUAUACUGAAUUACAACAGGUCUGUACUAACAUUCCCUUAGCAACAAUCCGUCACCAUUUCUGUUCCUCGGGACACGUCAAUGAAUCUCCUAAUGAUCCAGAUGUAGACGGAGAGAGGAUGGUGAAGUAAAUUGUUAAUAUUCACAUUUUCACAGGAUUGGAAACCAUUGAUAAUAACAUUGCUUUCCACUUGAUCUUGGACGUAAUGGUAUAAAGCAGAAGGUUUUGGUUUGUUAUAGAACCUUCUCAACAGCAAAUAUUGGUUUCUGUGUAAAGGCAGUUUCAUGUGCUAAGUGGCUUAGAGUCAUUUCAAACUUCAAUAUUAAGAAGUUUUUUUCCUGUAUGCUAAGGCCCUUUUUGUGUAAUCGGUUCAACUGAUUUGUCAGUUUUUAAAUGUGACGUUUUCGGGUAUAAAUCUUGAUGGACAUGAAAAUGGUUAUGCAGGCCUGGCAAGGCUUUGUCAAGGCUUACCUGAAAGCAGCAUCAGAUUACUAGGUCCAACCAUAUUUCAUAAACAAACAACUCUGGUCCAACCGGUUCAACUGGUUCAACUGUUUGGAUUGCUAUAAAAAGAAAACGGCCUAAGGCAUUUCAAAAGGAAACAUGUUUUUUAUCUAUAGGGUGUGUAAAAUUUAAAUUGAAAGUUGCGCUCUUUAUUCAUUAAAUUGUGAUUCUUCUGUGAUGGUUGAUAAAAAGAUACUUUAUGCUGUAAGUGAGAAAUUGUAUAAUCCAAUUAUAUUCAGCAUUGGAGCAACAAUUUUGUUCUUUCUGUUUUAUUUUGGAAAAAAUGAUUUUACCAAUAUAUUCUGGACUUCUUGUGUAGUCUCUUUUAAACUGGGAUUCUAGUUAUAAACUAAUAAAACUGCCUUCAAUAUUUCAUUUGAGCAUUGAGGGAUUUUUGUAAAUUUUAUUCCAUUUUAUAUCCACAUUAUUUCACAAUCUAGUCUUGUGAUUUGGUUUUGCCAACACUUUAUCUUUUGUGAUACUUGUUUUUUAACAACAAAGUCAUUAAGUCGCAUACACUGAAGCAGGUGAAAAUGAAGCAGUAAAUAAAUAUUCAUGUUUCUCCACCUUCCAUAAAUAAUUGUGCCUACACAAAAUUUUGCAAUCACAACUGGCUCACCGUAAAUAAGUUUGUUUCCCUGAGAAAUAUUUGCUAUGAGGGUAUUAUAUCACAGGAUGUUUGUAAACUUUAUAUCCAGCUCCUGUUUGGAUGGUACAUUCCUUCAAAGUAGGAUUUGUUUGUAUUUCAGUUCUACAUAAUAUGUUUUAUACCGUAAUUUGUGUACAUGGGCAUUUUUAGGUCACGUGAGCUUUAGGCCCAUGGGCCUCUUGUUGAAUAAUAAGUGUACUCAUUUGCAGCAUCCUGAAAAAUAUAGAGGUAAUUACUUCAUUCUGAAAAGGUUGAUUUUGGAAAAAUAGUUUUUUAAUAAUAAACAAUCAAAAUUAAGGUAGAGUCCUAGCAGUCUGUGUUGAAUCUCCAAUGAAAAGAGUUCCAUUUUCUUUUGCAUUUUUCUGAGUUUGGAUUGCUUACCCUUUUUCGGCAGCAAUGUUCUAUAUACCUGGGGAUAAAAAAGAAAAACAUUUACUGUAAUUUUCAUUUUUGUACACAAAAAAACUAUGCAAGAGGAUUUCAUAACAGGACCUGUCAAUUAGAAAACAGAAAAUUAAUCAAUCAGUUACAUUACUGGAAAUGAAUUCAAAAACUUGAAACUUCCUAAAAAGGCCUGUAGCCUGUACCUGUAGUUAUUUUGAUAUAGAAAAAAUAACAUUAAUUUAACAGGAAGAUAACUUUUCAGCAGGAAAGUGGUGGGACUCUCUACCUUAAUGUUUGAUCCAGUUUCUGUAGAGGUGAUUUAGAGAAUUGACAUUGUCAGAGAGUGUCCCCGGUUAAAAUUUAACAUGUGCAUAAUUAUGAAAACCCAAAGUGCAAUAAUAUCUGAUUGAAUGUCCAGAUACUAACUGACAUCAAAUGAAAAACCAUUACAUUUUCUGUUAUAUUUGGUUGGUUUUUAUGUAUAGUUCUGUUGCCUAUUUGUGCCGUAGUUUGUACCAACACUGUUAUUUAGAACAAACUUUUGUUUCUUAUUGUUACUUAAAUGGAAUUGUCCGUCAGUCUCAUGAUAAACGUUUUUAUUUUUAACAUUUUUUUUUGUAGCUAUUGGAUUUUUUAAUGUUUGACAAGGCUAUAGUUUAAAUGACAUAUUUGUAUGUAUUGUGUAUCAGUUUUGAGAGUAAUCAUAAACUUGUGUAAAUGUUAAAAUCUUUAUUAUAGUUGUAAAUUCUAUUUAAUCCCUAAUAAAAUGCUAAAGCUAUUUAUCUAAGAUAAUCUGUACAAAGUGUGUACAUGCAUUACCCUGUAACGGGUGUUUUGUUUGUAUUGGUAUGGACAAAAUCAGACCUAUUUCCUAUCACUGCAGAUUACUCAAAUACAAGAAUUGCUAACCCAGGAACAUUCCACUAUCAAGUGCUGGGGUUGUGUGUGUUUAUAAAAAUACUUUGUAUAAGUGGGAAGCUUUAUAAUCGAAUGUCUGGUGGGAAUAUUGCACUCAAUGUCAAAAAGUUAUGAAAUGGUCGCUACUCUUUUCGUUUAAAUCCUGUUAAACAGUUAUUUGUAAAGAUUAUAAUUGUAAUUAUAUUUAUAAUAAGGUAAUAAUUAUCUGUACUGUAAGUACUCUGAAGGCCUAAUUGUCUUUACUGAUCUUGUAAGUAGGAAAUGUUUGACAUGGUUCAUUUUCACCUUUUUACAUUUGAAUAUUUUGAAAGGCAAUUUCGACAUUGAAAAAAACUGCUUUGGUAUAGUGGAAAAGUGAGUGAAAAUAAUACAAUUCUGCAAAACAGAAAAUGUUCAUCCGUGUUUGAAUGAGAAGAUGAAUUUAACAUUGAGGUGAAAAUAUUACGUUACAGUAUGCAUAAUUCAACAUUAGGCAAAUUUCUUCUAAGAGGCAGAAUGGGGGAAAUUAAAGCACGAUGGAAAUCUUAAAGGUUUUCCUGAUAAAAUACCUGAGGAAUAUGGUAAAAAUAUAGUUACAUGAUGUCAAAAUAAUCAUCACUGGACAUUGGUCAGUGUCCAGCCAACCAAAUAAUGGUCUUGAGGUAGCGAAAGCAGAAGGUGAAAGGGGGGUUACAGAUAUCACUUUCUAUUUACAUAAAUAGUCACUUCAAAUUUAAGAAGUGAUUCAAGAUUUGACAAAAAAUGUGAUAAUGCAUUUAAUGUAGGAUACUGGAAUUAAUGUACAUGUAAACAUCAUAUGAAGAUUUAUACAUUGUAUUAAAAGGUAUACACUAUAUGAAAAUGUGCAAUGUAUUAUGAUGAUGCUUACAUUGUAUGAAAACAUGUAUGAUAGUAUAUACAUUGUAGGAUAAUAUAUUGAUUGUACAGGAGAGCGUUGGAUGGUGUUGUGUAAUGCCAUCUUGAUUGGUGUACAGACAACAUGUGAUAUUAAGCUAUAAUCUGUGAAAACAAGGGACUAUUUUAAUAAACAGUUAAAAA